AUCACCGACGCUGGUGGUUCAAGUCCACUGCUCCGCAAUCGAGUAUUUCGGCAUGGAAAGAGACCCACCCUUCACAUCAUGAAAAUGGGAUUGAGAGCAUCAUGACAGCGAUCCGGCACACAAAUCCACCACACCCACAAUCGCCCACUCACGACGACAUGACCCAGUAUUUAUCGAAUUUCCCAUCCUGGUUUGAGAGCAACCAGGGGCAUCAAUGGUCCUUGGGUCCGCAGGCUGGAGGAUCGAGUGUCCUCAGCAAUGAAACCGCAUCAAGAAGGGCAGGAGACUCAAGGGGAGGGAGUCGCAAAACCUCGGCUUGGGAGGGACGGCACGACAUUGAUGGCAGCAGUAGGGAGCAGCAUGUGUAAGCCUGGCUGUGCCGAAGAUAGAGCUUUGUGUGGUGAUUUCGAUGCGCAGGAGCUUGCUUUGAGGCCUAAUUGCGGUGCAGCUUUCGGUCGCUGUUUGAGCGUCGAGCCUCGUCUGUUGGGACGGACCAGUGGUUUCGUCCAAUGAUCAUCAUUUGGCGAUUGGAACAACGAGGGGCUGGAGGAGCGCGCAAGCUUAGAGAAUCGCUUCAUGAGAGUAUUCGCAAACCUCCAGAUACAGGAAAAUGGGAAGGCGGCGUGGUUAGGGAAUGGCUCUCGAAAUGUACCCGAAGAGGACGCCGCUGCCGUCGAGGUGGAAUCCGAGGAGGAGGAAACCAUGGAUCCUUACAGCGAUGUAAUGAGACCGCCCGAGGUGGCAUUCGAGGCGGAGAGCAGCGCCGCGGGCAUGCUUGGGGCCUGGCUCAUGGAGAACCUCAGCAAGGUUGUAAUUGUUGUGUUCGUGUUCCUUAGCGCGCUAGUGCUCAUCGUGAUGCUCAACUACGGGGAACAGAGUGCUCUCAUCUGUGCCGAGGCAGUCGCCGAGGAGCUGCAGAGAAUUCCGUAUCCCGAUUUGAACCUAAACCACAUCACCCCGCGAGUGCACAAAGGACGAUACGCUGCAAUGAGAACGGAUAAGUGGAUCGUGGUGGCCGCUCUCGGUGCCCCGACAUCGCACAUUCAAGCAUUGACCAGGGUGAGUGGGUGGCAGGUGCUCGCCGUAGCCGGUGAGGACACGCCAGCGGACUGGAAGGUUGCGGGAGUCAUCUUCCUGUCCAUGGACGACCAAGCUGCUCUCAGCUACCGAAUUUCAGCUCAUCUUCCUUACAACAACUAUUUGCGGAAGAACAUCGGCUACUUGUUUGCGAUCCAACACGGUGCAAAGAUAAUCUACGACGCUGACGACAAGGAGUCGGUGAUUGGUGAUGACCUGGAGUCCAAAUUUGACGUGUACCUUCAAGGGCGACGAGCUCGGCGAGGGCCAAUUCUUCAGUUUCGCACUCUCCCUAACCGGACUAUGGUGAACCCUUUCGUUCAUUUCGGCCAGAAAACGGUUUGGCCGAGAGGUUAUCCGUUGGAGUUUGUACAGCAAAUCGCACCAGACAUUUCAUACAACGAGGUAUUCCCCGGCAAGCAAUUCAUCCAGCAAGGGCUUGCAAACGGCUUACCCGACGUCGACUCCAUCUUUUACAACACCCGUCGAUCCCAUGACGGCAAUAUCAACAUAAAUUUCGACGUGAAUGCGCCACCUGUCUCUCUCCCCCAUGGCACAAUGGCACCCUGUAAUGCCUUCAACACGCUGUUUCACUCUGCAGCUUUCUGGGGACUGUUGCUGCCUGUGACGCUCAGCCCGAAGACAGCAGACAUUGUGCGGGGGUACUGGGCGCAGCGCAUAGUCUGGGAAGUUGGUGGCAUGAUGGUGGUUUACCCGCCGACUGUGGUGCGAGAGGACUCCGGCAUGCCGUUGUCCUUCCUCGACGAGAAGGAUUUACAUGCGGAGUCCCGCCGCCUGGUGGAAUUUCUCGUGAAAUGGCGGUCUUCGAAAACUACUCUCUUCGAUAGAAUUAUCCACCUGACGCAUACCAUGGCCUUUGAAGGCUUCUGGGGGGCUCAGGACGUUGAGCUCGCGGCUGAUUGGCUCAAGGACCUUCUGUCGGUUGGGUGGCGUCAGCCUCGCUUGGUGGGGAGCGAUCUCGAUGUGCAGAUAGACGAUUCAACUCCUUCCUUAGCGCACAAGCAGUUCGUCCCCCUCUCCUACCCUACGGUCCAUUUGGGCGUGGAGGAUUGCACCGCUUUGACGGAAGAGUUUGUGGAUUUUCUCACUUGGCGGAAGUUUUAUGGCAACAUGGUGCUCGUGCUUGAAUGCUCUUGGCCCUUGAAUCACACAGUGUUGGCGUGGCGGCUCUUAUAUGGGCGAUUGUUCAAGCACGUCGUCGUCCUUUCGCAGGAGAAUGAACCAGGGCUGGGCGUGCGCGCCAGCGACUGGUGGCUGUCAUACAGUAUGUUCCCGAAGAUCUUCGAGAAGUAUCCUACAGCCGAUGGGUUCGUGGUAAUGAGGGAGGCUGUUGUGUUCAAUUAUUGGAAUCUAGCAUCUGCCAACAAGACGAAUCUCUGGAACUUCCAUCAGUUGAAAGCAAUCUGCCGAACGGUCGACUACAAUGCCUCAGGAACAGACUGGUAUCUCACUAAAAACCACAAGAACGGUGUGAAGAAGACUGUAAGCCGGUUGCCAGUGGAGUACCGCACCACAUACAAGGAAACUAUGGACGAUGAUCACUUCGUUGUCUGCAGCUCGGACAUCUUUUACCUCCCUCGCCGCUACAUUAACGAUUUUGCAGCUAUAGUACCUUUGGCGGCGAAGGUGAAGCUACACAGAGAUCUAGCCCUACCGUUGAUAUUCAUGGCGUUGGAUAAGCCCAGCAACUUUGAUGCACAUGCGUUUAGUAGUAUAAAACAGCUUUCAGAGGAGGAAAAAGUUGAUUCUGCCAUCGCGUACACUCCUGCAUUCCACGUGGUCUUCCCGUGGGCCGCGACAAGUGACAUUGAACUUUACCGAAUUAUCAAAGCCAUGUCGGCCGGAGACCCUUCCUUGGUGGACAUCAUUGAGUAACUUUAAUGACAGUUAAAUGUAUUACUUUUGAAAAAAAGAAAGAAAAAAGAAGCACAUUAUAUGCUCCUUCCCCAAC